AUGAAGCACACAUGUGCACUGGUGCUGGCCAUCACUGCCGUGACAGCUUCCGUCAUCCCGCAACUUCAGCAGAUUGCUCUCCAAGACCAGGUCCCAGUUCUGCAGGAGGAGUUCCUGAUAGAGCUUCAACCCGGGAAGACAAGAUGGAUCACAGAGGAUGAGAAAUGGGCGCUUAGAAGAGAAGGUCACAACUUCAUGGACAUAACCUCUACCGGCCAUACGUAUCCCGCCGUCUCACUUGCAACGCAACCCACCUCCAAAUCCAUCUUUCCAUCCAAAGCAGCCUACAACUCCACCGUGAAGUCGCUGGCCAAAUCGCUCGAAAAGAAGCACAUGCGUAAACAUCUCGAAACCUUCACCGCCUUCUACACCCGCUACUAUAAAUCUUCCACUGGCGUCGAAUCUGCCAAGUGGCUCUAUGACCAAGUCAACUCCACUGUCGUUUCCUCAGGCGCAGAUCAAUACGGAGCAAGCGUUCGCCUGUUCGACCAUGAAUGGGGCCAACCCAGCAUCAUCGCCACCAUCCCCGGGAAAUCCAACAAGACUGUCGUGAUCGGCGCACAUCAAGAUAGCAUCAACCUCUUCUUUCCCUCCCUGCUGCCCGCUCCCGGCGCUGAUGACGAUGGUAGCGGUACCGUGACCAUCCUCGAAGCACUGCGCGUGCUCCUGACAUCCGAGGAGAUAGUCAAAGGUGAGGCAGCGAACACGAUCGAGUUCCAUUGGUAUUCAGCAGAGGAAGGCGGGUUGUUAGGCAGCCAGGCCAUAUUCGCCGAGUACAGCCGACAGGGAAGAGAUGUUGCUGCUAUGUUCCAGCAAGACAUGACCGGCUAUGUUCACAAGACCCUGGAAGCUGGUCAACCAGAAAGUGUUGGCGUAAUCACCGACUUCGUCGACGUUGGGUUGACAGAGUUUAUCAAGGAACUCAUCACCACCUACUGCGACAUCCCCUACGUCCUAACAAAAUGCGGCUACGCCUGCUCCGACCACGCCUCGGCCAGCAAAUACGGCUACCCCUCCGCCUUUGUCAUCGAAUCGGAUUUUCAAUACUCGGAUAACAAGAUACACACCACGGAGGAUAAGAUUGAAUAUUUGAGCUUUGAUCAUAUGCUGCAGCAUGCUAAGUUGACUUUGGCGUAUGCGUAUGAGGGAGGAAUGGCGGAGUUAUAG